AUGGUUGGCAUUUCGGAAUGGAACAUGACCAUGGAGAGGCGAAUAAAGUUGAAAACAUUAAAUAGCCACAUAACAUGCAAAAUUUGCCGUGGUUAUUUAAUUGAUGCAACAACUGUGACUGAAUGCCUUCAUACGUUCUGCAAAAGUUGUUUAGUAAAACAUCUUGAAGAAAACAAUACUUGUCCAACAUGUCAAAUUGUGAUACAUCAAUCUCAUCCACUCCAAUACAUCAGCUUUGAUAGAACUAUGCAAGAUAUUGUUUACAAAUUAGUGCCAGAAUUACAAGAUGAGGAAAUCAAACGAGAGAGAGAUUUUUAUAGAAUACGCGGCCUCCCAUGUCCCAAAGACAAUCCCCCCAAUGCAGGUGAAAUGGAGGAAGAAAAACCUGCUCCUGAUACACACGCUGAGUCAGAUUACCAUAGACAGGAUGAACAGGUGAAUGUGUGUCUUGAAUGUAUUAGCAACAAUCUCAAAACCCUGAAAAGAAGAUUUAUCCGAUGUUCAGCUCAAGCAACCAUUACCCAUUUAAAAAAAUUCAUUGCCAAGAAAGUGUUGAGUGGAACUGAAAAAUAUAGAGAUAUUGACAUUUUGUGCAAUGACGAACUUCUUGGGAAAGACCAUACACUAAAAUUUGUGUAUGUUACCCGUUGGAGGUUUCGGGAUCCUCCCUUAAGGUUGCAAUAUAGACCUCGGAUAGACAUCUGAUUUUUCAUUGUUUUGAAGAGGUUAAAGAUUUGUGUGUGCGUGUGUGCAUAUGAUUAUUGUAUAGAGAUGUAUAUGUCUGCAGAGUUUUAUGAAUGAUUGUGUGAUUUGUUCUUGUUGCAACUGUAUUUUUAUUGUGUUAAAUUUCUAUAUAACUCGUGUAUUUUUACAAUAUUUAUAACAAAAACACUGAGUGCCGGUAUUAUUCAAUACCAUUUGUGGAUGGCAGCAUCUGAUAUAUCAUUAGAAAUCAAGUCAUUAAUGCAAUUUGGCUGUCUUUUUGAAGUAUUAAAUGGUGUUCAACAUAUUGUUGACCUAAUCUUAAAUGCAAGAAUAGUUCUUCAAAACUUUAUUUUAAAAAUAUAUUAGUCAAAUAUUGAAUCUCUGAAGUUUUGUGAUGUGAUUUGAUAUUUCAUCAACAAUGGUUCAAUUUUGUAAUCAAACAUAUGGCAUUCUCCUUUUUAGGUUUCUUUAUUAUUCAGACUUAAAUAUUCAGUUAAAAUUUUCUGUGUGUGUUAUGCUAAAACAUUUACUCAGGGGUUAAGUUAAUUGAUGCAUAACACAGAUUGAGAGAUUUAAUUUAUUAAUUGUUCACGAUCAUUGAGAAAGGGAAAAAUGAUUUUGGUGAUUGAAGCGAGUCUGUGGUAUUCUGCUAUUCAGUACUUUCAGCAAGUAAUUACUUUUAAAGUAUAUUAUCUAUUAUAAAUUUUUAACCGAGAAAGUUUCAGACAAGAAGAUUUUUCCUUUUCUGAUGAAAUUCUUUCAUUUUCUUCAUGAGGUAUCCAGGUGACUGUAAAAGCUGUUCAUCCAACCAAGUUUGGGGUGUCUCGUGGUUUGCAGAGGGUGUCGUAAUGACUCAGGCCAUAGAUGCCUUCGACUUUGUUUAAUUAGCAAAAUUGCAAUUAUUCUAAUGACACCUUUUUCCCCAAAUUGAUUUUUAUUCAAAAUUGUACAUACUUCAAAAUAUGUUUAUUACAUUAUGGAAGAGAAUUUCAUUUGCAGUAGCUCUUCUGUUGCAUUGAACCUUUAGGUGUUGAUUUUCCUUUGUUGACACCAUUCACUACUUCUUUUGGACAAGUUAUAGCAUUGUCUAAGUCAAUAAAACUAGUACAUUUUUAUUUCUCAAACAGUUUUUUAUGUAUCAGAGGUUUGGCAAACAUUAAUUAAACAUAACAGUAAUUGAAUUUUCAUGGGUACAAAGGCAAACAGUUUAUAAGACAUGAAACUAAGAGCUUAAAUAUAAUAUUUUCUUGUAUAAACAGUACAUUUGUAGAGAUACUCGUGUAACAUUUAUGCCCUGUAAAUUAAAAAGAGAUUUGUAAUCCAAACCAGAAGUUAUAAGGAAUCUUAAAUUAUAUCAUAUUUUAUGACACUUUAUUUUUGUAUUUCCUAUUUUUCUGCCAGUUGUUAAUUGCAUUAUUUUGAUUUAUUGAAGAAAAUUUAUACCGCAAAGUAUUUUUAUUUUAUUUCUUAAUUGACAAUAAAAAUACUGAAGGAAACUAUUUUAUGCCACAUACUUCAUUUUCAGCAUUGUAAAGCAUGUGGGUGUUUUAAGUGAAAUUUAGAUAAUUUUAUAGAGAUAUUUCUUGUUACGCCAUCUUUUCCAGUGUACUGAUUUCUGUUUUUUUCAUUGUCAAUGAAAUUGUUUGGUAACAUAUUGUGAUGUUGUUGCCAUCUUUACUUAGUACAUGCAGAACAUUCAGACUUAAUUUCACUGUACAUUGAUGUAAUAAUAAUAAUAGUCUCUUGAGACUGACAGUAUUUCUCUCAUUAUUGAAGAGUGAGGCAUUUAUUAAAAACACAUUCUGUGUAUUUCUGUGAUGGGUAUUUAUGCAGAUGGUUUGUUUUUGUGUUGCACAAGCAUUGCUGGUUCCAGUAAUAUAGGUGACGUAAUUGUGUUUCAUGUGGGAAGGUACACUGGAACAUUUGAUUCCGUUUUUCUCCUAUUUAUUUGUGAUGUAUUUAGUACAUCUACUUUGAUGUUGUCAUGUCUUCUCAGUGGGUGUUAUUUUGAAAAAUGAAGUACACUUUUUUUUUUACUCAAAGAGGAUUAAGAAGUAGCAGACAAUAAACAUAAAAUAUUUAAGGAAAAUUCAACAAAUAUCUUCAGCCUUUUGUGUGUACAUAAUUGUUUGUUGUGUGACACCUGACUGGGUUUUGUAUCAUGUACGAAAUGGUGUGUAUGGCACAGGUUUCUAUCAUUCAGAAUUCCUGGAACAUUUGCAUUGUGCUCACUUUCUUCAUCAACAAGAUCAAAAACUUGUUGGGAGAAUUAAUUGUAUUUAUUUUUCACCAGUUAUUGUAUCACAAUUUCUGUGCCUACGUAUGCUUGAUCAUUAAAGUGUAUAAA